UACGAACCAGUUAUAUCCUAUAUAUUUUAGGUUAUUGAAAGGAAGGAUUUGUUUGUAACAUCAAAAUUAUGGAACACAAAACAUGGUGCCAAUGAUGUUAGACCAGCAUUUAUGCAAACGUUAAAAGACUUGCAGCUAGAUUAUCUUGAUCUGUAUCUUAUUCACUGGCCUAUUGGGCUGAAAUCAGGAGAUAAUCCUUUCCCUAAGAAUGAAGAUGGUACUCUGCAGUAUAGUGAUGUACACCCUCUUGAGUCUUGGCAGGAGAUGGAGAAGUUAGUCGAUGAAGGCUUAGUCAGAUCUAUUGGUAAAAAGUAGUUUUUAAUAGAUAGUCUUUCAAACAUGGAGAUCUAUACAUAUAUAGUAUUCUGCUGCAUAACAAGUUGCCAUACUGUAUAGUCGGUCUUAACCACCUGAAAAGAGUAUAUUAAUUAAGCAGAUUUGAAAACAAUGCCAUUGUCCGUUAGAAGCUGGUUUACCUUCCGCUUUUACCGCCAACCACCAAGUUACUGGAAACGUCAACCACCAAGUUACGGAAGGAAUAUGAAUUGAAAAUUUUCCAAAAUAUAUUAUUUUUUUAUUAAAACAAAAAGGAAGUGAGUUUAAUGAAAGUGACAGAGACUAUACUUCUCUAGAUUUAAUUUAAUCAUUAUACGUGUCACGUUUUAGGGGAGUUACUAUUGUUAGACUUUUGUGAUUCUGUAUUCUUUUGUAUGUUAAACUUAAAUCCUAACCCUUACUCUAACCCUAAUCUGAAUCAUAACCCUUAUCUGAAUCCUAAUCCUAACCCUUUUCCUAAUCUAAACCCUAAUCCUAAACCUAAAAGACUAAAAAUAGUAACUCCCCUAAAAUGCGACUCAUAUGUCAAUCAAUGUUCAUUUAAUUGGAGUUACUGUUGUUUUGUAUUUCAGCAACCAACAACAUUAUAAUUUAUCUAUACGCUGCCCUGGUUUUUACAAACAAAUUAAGCUGAUGGCAACCUCGUACCCAGGAUCUUUCCUCUUGGCGAGGGGAGAAUAGACCCUGGUAGACGCUGGUCACGUGAUCUGCUAAAAUCUAGCAGAUUUUUAAUUAGCAAUCCAAGAUGAGGUCAAUAAAUAUUUGAUAUUUGGAUGAUUUUUAUAAUUUAAUUUAUAAUUUGCAUUUUAUAUGAUUGUCGUGAAGGAAUCCAUAGUUAAUGGAAUAGAUGGUUUGGAAACUCGUUAGAAUAACAAUAUAACUCAUUGUCUAUUUUAGUCAACGUUUAUUCAUAAUAUUUUCCUUCACCGUCACGUGUGUAUUGUAUUUUUGCCAAAUCAACCAAUAGAAAUUUCCAAUUUACCCUAUUGUUCGAGUCAACUUUCCUAAAACAUUUCUAUUGGUUAGUUGGGCAAAAAUACAAUACACACGUGACGGUGAAGGACCAGAUUUAUGAAUAAACGUUGACUAACAUAGAUAAUGAGUUAUAUUGUUAUUCUAAUGAGUUUCCAAACAAUCUAUUCUACUAACUAUGAGGAAUCCAAGAUAGUUAAUUAGAAACCUGCUAGAUUUUAGCAGAUCACGUGACCAGUAUCUACCAGGGUCUUUUCUCCCCAAGAGGAAAGACCUGGAUACGAGGUUGGGCUGAUGGUAGUGAAAAGUUUGUUAAUUAAAAGACUCGAAUCCCUUCUUAUGAUUUUUAUAAAUAAUGUUGGAUAAUUUUGAUUUUAGGAUUAUCCAAUUUCAAUAGCAAGCAGGUUACAGAAAUAACUUCCAAAGGAAGAAUUAAACCGUCCGUUCUUCAGGUGGAAUGUCACCCCUACCUCAACCAGAAAGAUCUUAUUAACUUUUGUAAUGAGAAUGGAAUUUUGGGUAGGCAUAAAUUAUGUCAACUUUUGAGUAUAGACAAAAUUUAAUAGUUGUACAUGUACAUGCAAUGAAAAUAACUAAAUAUGAUUCAAUACAGUACACAUUUAUACAUAGCAUUUUAUAGAGUAGUUAUGUGUAACCAUAUAUACAGUAAGCAUGCAAUUAGCAUACGUAACAAAAUAAUUAUUCUUAUUGAUAAGAAUAGCCAUGAAGCUCCGAAAACUGAACUAUAAUUUCACAGAUGCCUCCAUAUCUGAUAUUUAUACUUGUGUCAAAGUCUACACAUCCUGUCAAUAUGGUGCUUUCUUCACAAAAUGCACAAUACUUUCACUUAUUGGCCCUACUUCAUGGAGUUUUGGGAAGUUGGAUAGGGAUUAACGCAGACAAUGCAACAAGUGUAGUGCGUGACUGUCAUGUUUAUCUGUUGAUAUGGAUACAUUGAUAUGGAACAUUCAUUAUGUUGCAUUUAUAUAAUAUUUGAAAAUAGUCAGAUUUAGUAUAUGACACCGGACGAAUUCGGAAACCUCCGGUUGCAUUUAUUCACGCGUGAAUUGGUGCGACUUGCUGUGCUUAAAUUUUUGGGACUGACUUUAUUUUAAUUUCGCUUAUUUCAUUAUCAGUAACUAUAAAACGGCUAGACGCCAUUUUGCAAAUUUCGGUUUUGAUUCACCAGCUUAAUACGUCAAAUUUGACCAAUCAACUUGUGGGAUUUGUUAUAUUCACUUGUGCAAAAUUACUAAUUUGUUUUAGUAACGGCCUUCAGUCCACUUGGAUCACCAGAUCGUCCCUGGGCUAAGCCUGGAGAUCCGCUCUUAUUGGAGGACAAUGAAAUUGUUGGAAUUGCGAAGAAAUACAAAAAAACUGCUGCUCAAGUUUGCAUCAGAUUUCAAAUAGAGCGAGAACUCUCUGUGAUUCCUAAAAGUACUACAGCUCACAGAAUUAAAGAGAAUAGCGAGGUACUGUACGAUUGCUGUUGCACUAUUUUAUCCUCACAUAAUUCACGUCGUCAGCUCACUCCAGUUUGCGUCAGUCAAAUCAUAAAUUGUACUAUGCGAGGCUAUACAAUCACGUACAUAUACUAUAGUCAUCACUAUUUGACUAAUGUUAUUUUACUUUCAUCCUGUUUAAAUGUUCCUGUGCAAGGAAAACAGAGAACCAUGAGGAGUAAAACCCAUGACACUGAUUAAUUGGUAGGGCAUGCAUUGGUAGUGCAUUUACUGAGUGGUGCAUGUCUGCAGUUCAGUGCUGCUCAGAAGACCACCAAUUGGACGAAGGUUUUCUAAAGAAAUAGCAAAGAACAAAGAAAAUUUAAUUGUUCGGAACACAAACCAAUCGUCAAAUAGUGAAAAUCACUGUACCGGGAAGGUGCGAGAAGAAAGUCUAUUGUGCAUACACAAUUUUGAAAUAGAUUGUCGAGGUCAUUAGAUUUUAUUAUUAAAAGAAAGCCAUGCCAGUUCGUAAUACUCACUAACUAUAUACUACUGAAUUGAGAUUGGAAGUAUAACUGAAAGCAAUCGCAACUCUAUGCUAAAACGAUUUUCAAACCCACCUUGCGUAUAAAUUUUCCCUUCACUUUUCUUUUGUAUCCUGUAAAUAACGUGUCUAUUUAACUUUAGGUAUUUGACUUUAGUUUGUCAUCUGAAGAUAUGAAGAUAAUCGAGUCUUUUCAUAGACCAUGGAGAGCCUGUAUUCCAAUGACAGAGGUAACUACCAAAAAUGCAGUUAAAUCAUUUUUAUGAUCAGGUGCACUAUUCCUAUGAACUAAAAGGCUGGAAUAGACGGAAUACUACUAUACGUUGGAAACCAAAAUUCACAUCCCCAAUAUUUCAAACUGUCCGUGUGCUUAUAAAUUGAAAAUUGAAAUUCCUUACCAAUUAUGUGAAUCAAGAUCUUGAACGACGUGAAUAUCCUGAAAAAGACAGUCACAUUACACUUAAUGUCUACAGGAAUAAGUAGUAUAUUUUCCCAUUUAAGAUCAUGUUACACGAGAUAAAUUUUAUUGGUACCUCGCUUAGGCAGUACAAUUUCUGACAAAAGGGUCAUAUGCAUGGUUAUGUAAAAAGUAUUCGGAGAGAAAUUGUGAGCAUAAACCACAUUUUACUCCGACGACGUUUUCUUUACAUAAGGGACAAAAUCAUAAUAAAAUUUGGGGAAAUACAAGAUUUAUGCGUAUUUGCUUAUAUUUUCAUUCAAAAUAUUGUAUUUAAAUGUAAUUUCACUGUUUUAACAUUCUAUAACAACACUUUAUUGUGUGAUCGUUCAAGAAAAAACCAAUGGGAAGUAAGGUAUCAUAUUGCUGAUUAUGCUGAAAAAUUUCAAUAAAAACUACCGAAACAACCGAAAUAUUUCAAUAUUUACAAGUAUAAGCUAUCACUCCGUGUUUACACGGCCAUCAUUUUUAUUGUUUCAGUAUAAUCAGCAAUGUGAUACCUUACUUCCCAUCGUCCCCUGCACGCAUAAACUAAAAGCUGGAAUUGCCCAUUGAAUGGGUGUAGUAAUGUAAAAACCCCGUUUGCCACUAGCUAUAACAAUUUUAGUCAAACUUUUUGUUAAAAUUACACCAUACAUUAAUAUUUACUUGUUUUUAGUUAUAUAUGCAUGCAGUGAAACCUGUAUUAGGCGACCACUCUCGGGGAAUGUGAAACACCCUAGAAGUGGGUAUUGUUUCAGAGAAGUGACACAAAUAAUGAUGACAUGGAUGAUUUAUAAAUUUAAGAUAGGGUUUUUUUUUUAUUAUAUGCUUACCUUUCCCAGAUAGUUGUGAUUAGUAUGGAAACAGGGUAAUACUGCUAACGAAUGUUAAACUUUUUAAAGUUGACCCCACCCCCCUUUGUGCUUUGAAUUUUUGGAGAAGCCCCCCCUGCCCUUUCAAUGUCCACCAGCCUACCCCCCAUGCCUGUGAAAAAUGAACGGUCCCUAACCCAUCCAACAAAGAAAUGAAUAAGAAUGAGAAAUAUCGCGAGAUUUUCCGUGAAUAUUUUUCUACAUAACAUGACUCGUGUCAUAAAUUGCGAUGCCAGUCGCAGCAAAUUAAAUUUCCACGUCAGGUAACAUGUCCUUAGGGGCGGACCAUUAGAAAAGUGAUUGGGGAGGGGGGAGGAAUUGUUUUGCAGAAUUUUAAAGGUAUUUUUUUCUUAGCUUUCCUUUUCCACUGCUCGCCAUUACUUUUCCAUGCAGUGGCCCGCCCCUUAAUAAGUUUUUGUGAUUUUCUUCCAGAUUGAUGGCAAGCAAGUGCCACGUGAUGCGCAUCAUCCUCAUUUCCCGUUCCAUGAACCUUUUUAGAAAGCAGAUAAUUUGAUAGUAUUGGGUUUAUAAACCUGUUAGAACAUGAAGCAUGCAUGUAUUCUGGCGUUUCAAUUUUGUGACAAUUUACAAAAUUAACUAAAUAGGCCAUACAAGCAUAUUAUAUAAACAAAUACUAAAUAAAACUUGAUUAUAGUGUGAAAGAAAGUGUAUGAAAUAACCAGCCAUAUUUUGAAUUUUUAUAGAUAUAUAGCGAAAACUUUUGAAUAUUCAAAACAAGUAAUCAUGCAUGAUGCAUGUAUUUGUUUGGUAAUUCUAUUUGCCAUAGUUUAACUGUGCAUUGAUCCUGCCAAAUUAAUCUCUCAAAGUUUUUUAUUACAUUAAUUUAGUUAUAGGUGGAUGUGUCUACCUUGCGGUUCGAAAUAUGCCAAAGUAUAUAGGGAGGGGGUAGAGGGCUACCAACCUGGUUCCCAUGAUCUCCCGCCAGGCAAGGAACGACUGAGACAAAAUUUGUUUGGUUUGGUUUUAACAUUUGUUUGGUUUGACGAAAAUUUGUUUGGUUUGACUGAAAAAAAACCCAAAAAACCUCCAACAAAUCCACGUUGUCUACAACUUCCAGCACGAAUAGCCUUGACAUGUGUAGUUGCCCGAAAAACAAUAAAGAACUGUGCCCACUGUCUAACAAAUGUACCAACGGAUCUGUUGUGUAUCACGCCACAGUCACUAUUAAGGUUACUUCACAUGAUGAACGUGCAUUUUAGUCUAUUGAACAUGGCGCAACGAACCUCAACGUUUGUCUACAUAUCCCGAUUUGAAUCUUCGCAGGUAUGGUAAAAAAAAAACGUGACUGUGCGGA